AGGUGUGCUAAUGGUGUUGUGAUUAUAUAGGAGAAUGCCCGUAUUCCUGGGGGACAGCAGCUGAAGAGUUUAGAGCACUUUCAUUUGGACCCUUGGAUGCCCAUUGAGCAAAUGCUUGAGACCUGCAAGUAAUCUUCAGAUCAUAGCAGAACUGUAAGGCCUGUCCUUUGCGUGGGGAGGAGACAGCUCAUGUUCUGUGGAAAUGAACGGGGAGCAGCAGCUUGAUGCAGAUGCUGGAUCUGGUGUGGAAGAAGUGGAAUUAAGCUGGGAAGAUUAUCUAGAAGAGACAGGGUCCACUGCAGUUCCCUAUGGAUCUUUUAAACAUGUGGAUACACGUUUGCAAAAUGGAUUUGCUCCUGGGAUGAAGCUGGAGGUGGCUGUGAAAACAGACCCUGAAUCCUACUGGGUUGCCACCAUCAUCACCACAUGUGAGCAGUUGCUGCUGCUUCGCUACGAAGGGUACGGCGAGGACCGGAGGGCCGACUUCUGGUGUGACAUCAGGAAGGCCGGCCUCUACCCGAUCGGGUGGUGUGAGCAGAAUAAGAAGACCCUUGAAGCCCCGGAAGGCAUCAGAGAUAAAGUGUCUGAUUGGGAUGAGUUUCUGCGGCAGACCCUGAUGGGAGCAUGUAGCCCUCCUGUUCCGCUGCUAGAAGGCCUCCGCAACGGGAGGAAUCCUUUAGAUCUCAUUGCUCCAGGCUCCAGGCUAGAAUGUCAAGCUUUCCGGGACUCAUUAAGCACUUGGAUUGUUACUGUAGUAGAAAACAUUGGGGGAAGGCUGAAGCUGCGUUAUGAAGGACUUGAAAGUUCUGACAAUUUUGAGCAUUGGUUGUAUUACUUGGAUCCGUUCCUUCAUCACGUUGGUUGGGCUGCUCAACAAGGAUAUGAGCUUCAGCCCCCAUUAGCCAUCCGGCAUCUGAAAAGUGAAGCUGAGUGGCAAGAGAUCCUGGCCAAAGUGAAAGAGGAGGAGGAAGAGCCAUUGCCGUCAUACUUAUUUAAGGACAAACAAGUGAUUAGCACUCAUUCAUUCUCUGUAAAUAUGAAGUUGGAAGCUGUGGACCCCCGGUCUCCUUUUGGGAUCUCUCCUGCUACAGUUGUUAAGGUUUUUGAUGAGAAGUACUUCCUGGUGGAAAUGGAUGAUUUGCGACCAGAGAAUCAUGCACGGCGAUCUUUUGUGUGCCAUGCUGACAGUCCUGGUAUUUUCCCCGUGCAGUGGAGUCUGAAGAAUGGUUUACACAUCAGCCCCCCUCCUGGCUACCCGGGCCAGGACUUUGAUUGGGCCGACUACCUCAAACAGUGUGGUGCUGAAGCUGCUCCCCAGAGGUGCUUUCCUCCGUCCAUUUCUGAGCAUGAAUUUAAGGAGAAUAUGAAGCUUGAGGCAGUGAACCCUCUUCUCCCCGAAGAAGUAUGCGUUGCCACCAUUACUGCACUGAGAGGCUCCUACCUGUGGCUCCAGCUGGAGGGUUCUAAGAAGCCCAUACCGGAAUGUAUUGUGAGUGUGGAAUCCAUGGAUAUAUUUCCUUUGGGCUGGUGUGAAACCAAUGGCCAUCCCCUCAGCACCCCUCGCCGAGCACGAGUACACAAACAGAGGAAAAUUGCAGUGGUUCAACCAGAAAAACAAAUACCAUCCUCCAGGACUGUCCAUGAGGGCCUGAAGAAUCAGGAGCUGAACUCCACAGACUCAGGUAUAAAUAAGUGUAUGCAGCCUUAUGGAAACGAGAACCUUCUGUUUCUUUUAAUGGACUGUAUCUGAAACAGUACAUUUGAUUUAUAGGAUGUAGCUUCACAGAGGGGUCUCUUAAUGGUGACUUUAAAGACUUACAAUUGUCUGAGGUGUG